AUGGAAAGUAAUUAUACCGGUGGCAGACUGCGGAGGGGAACACAUCCGGCGAAGCAAUGUGUUGUCGGCUACGAAGUCGACACGGCGCGCACGUACCCAGGCGAAACGCAAGGGCAGUCCCUGGAUAUCUUCUACGAGGCCAUGUGCAGUGCAGCGACAUCAGCGCAGCGCCCGCAACAUCGCAACACAGCCCAUCUCCUGCUUCCGCGCCACGGUCGGGAAAUCAUCCUCGACCACCCGCUCGCAGGCGGCAAGGACAGCAUCCUGCUUGGCGUCAGCAGCCUCGCCUCGCUCCAGAGAAAUCUGGCGAUGGUGGAGGCGAGUCCGUUGCUGGAGGUGGUCGAGGCACUGGACCAGGCAUGA